AUGAUAAACGAAACUUUUGAAAAUAUAAAAUCAUCAUCAAGCAAAAUUGAAAUUGAAGAACCUUUAAUUUCAAAUCAAAAAACUGAAAAUAAUGAUGCAUUAUCAAACACAGUUAAACAUGAAGUAAAUGGAAAAGCUGAAACUGAUGGCGCAUUAUCAAACAUGUUUAAACCCGAAGCAUCUUCGAAUGCAAAUGAAGGAGUUGGAACCAUAACAAUAUUGUUAUUUGGUAGGAUAGGAAGUGGAAAAACGACUUUAGCUGAUGUAAUCGAGGAUGCUAACAAUACAAAAGAAAGAUCAUGUAAAUAUGAAAUAAUUGAUACGGUGGGAAUUGGUGAUAGAAAAUUAACUACUCAAGAAAUAUUAUAUCAAUUUGUAAGAAAUAUUGAUGAUAUUAAAGGCGGAUUUAACCAAAUUUUAUUCGUUACUAAUGGAAGAUUUAAGGAAGAGGAAAUAGAUGCUUAUGAUUUAUUACAAUCAGUUAUUUUUGAUCAAGAUAUUGUCAAUUUUACAACCAUAGUCAGAACCAAUUUUCCCGAUUUUGAAAAUGGAGAUGUGUGUGAUAAGGAUCGUUCAAAUAUGAUUAACGAAAAUAAUAAACUUUCUGCAAUAAUUAAAAAAUGUAAAAUGGUUAUUCAUGUGGAUAAUCCACCAAUAACACAUCGUACUAAACAAGUUGCAGAAGAAAUUCGUGAAGAAUCAAGAAAAAAAAUAUUAAAUCACUUGGAUACUUGUAAAAGCAUUUAUAAACCACCUAGUCUAGAUGAAUUGAAUAAUAGAAUAAAAGCUUACAUAGAUUACAUGAUAGACAUCGAAAAAUUAGGAAGAAAAGAUAAAGGUAUACUCCGUAAAAUACUAGGAAUGUUUAUCUCUUCAUUUACUAAGAGCUACGAGGUUUCUAAAAAUCUUAUCAGUGGGACUUAG